GGAAUUUAUUACUAUUUUUAUCAGGUUUUCAAAAACAGGGCGGAGGCCUUUGCAGCUGCCCUUAGAGACAAAGGGCGUGGGGAUGGUACUGUUGGCAUGUUCUCUUGGCUUGUUGUAGCAGCUAUUGCUGGCUCCUUGAACGUGUUGUUCACAAAUCCUGUUUGGGUUCUUGUGACUCGUAUGCAGACACACACUCAAGCUGAAAGAAAGAUUAUGGAGGAAAGGAGGGAGGCUUUGUUGAGGGAAGCUUCUGAAAGAAGUUUGAUAGAUUCAACUUUGCAAGAGAAAUUGGCUGAACUUGAUUCAGAAAAACCUCGUCCUCAUGGAACUUUGCAUGCGGCACGUGAGGUUUAUACUGAAGCGGGAAUUACUGGAUUCUGGAAAGGAAUUGUUCCAACACUUAUUAUGGUGUGCAAUCCUUCAAUUCAGUUCAUGAUUUACGAGAGCUUGUUGAAGCAUCUAAGGGCAAAGCGUGCUGCAAACAAGCAGGGAUCAAAAACUGUAACUGCUUUGGAGGUUUUUCUGUCGGGGGCCUUGGCAAAGCUGGGAGCAACUGUCUCAACCUACCCCUUGUUAGUUGUCAAGUCAAGGCUGCAAGCAAAGCAGGAGAUUGGUGGGAAUAUCUCAUUAAGAUACUCAGGUACUCUUGAUGCAAUAAUUAAAAUGAUCCGCUAUGAAGGAGUGUCUGGCUUUUACAAGGGAAUGAGCACCAAGAUAGUACAGAGUGUUUUUGCAGCUUCUGUACUUUUCAUGGUUAAGGAGGAGCUUGUCAAGGCAUACAUGACGCUGGCACAUAAAGCCAGAAAGUUACGUUGAGCUUGGUGAAAUGACCACUUCACUCCAUAAGAGGGAUUAUUCUGUCAUUGUGGCUUUCCUCUUUGUUGGCAAAGUUGUUGCUUCAUAUAGUUAUAGACGUUAUUGUGAAUCCUUGAUGGGCGCGUUGGCACUAUGGCCUGUGCAACCCAGUGCCCACCUUUCGAGACUAUAUGUUAUUUUCUGGCACUCCUUCCCCCAUUAAUUUAUGUUGUGAUGUCUGAUAACUAUGUUACUUGGGAAAAUGUGAUUUUAAAGGGAACCACGACGCUGUGGAAAUUACUUUCGGACAAUCUGAUUUAAUGAUAUUCAGAUCCAACCAUCCGUUUGAGAAAUA